AGGCGGCCGGCCCCUUCCCCGUGGCCCGGGCUUUGUGAGGGGUGCAGGUGGUGGGCGCCAUGGCCUCACUGGGCUCAGCCUCUGCAUUCCACACCUACGGCCAGGGGCACGGGGAGCCCCGCUUCGAGGGUGAUCGGCGGCACAGCCCCUUCGGCGCACGGGCACACGAUGCCUUCGGGUACCCAGGUUCCCCGGGUGCCAUAUGCUCCUGCAGCCUGGGCACCUGGGUGCGUGCCCAGGGUGACACCUACCAGGUGGUGGCUGAUGUCAGCCAGUUCGAGCCCCCCGACAUCGUGGUGACCACCUCCAACUGCCAUGUCGCCAUCCAGGCUGAGAAGGUGGCUGAGGAUGGCACCAUCUGCGACACCUUCACCCACAAGUGCCAGCUGCCCGAGGACACGGACCCGCUGUCGGUGAGCUGUGCCCUCACCGACGCUGGGACGCUGAUCAUCACCGCCCGCCGCCGCACCGGGACCCGCCCUGGCGAGCCCCCGCAGCCGCGGUACCGCAGUGAAGCCACGCUGUGAGCUGGCUCCGGGUAAAAAGGGCUUCUUGCCCCAAGCAAUGCCAACUCUGCUGCCAUGGCGAGGCUCAGCCGCUGCCUGCUGGCUGUGUCCCCUCCCCACCUGCAGCCCCUCAGCGCCCUGGCUCUGUUUAUAAAGUCAUUUUAUUA